UCCCUAUUUUUCAGUGGAGCCUCAGCAUAUGUCAGUAGUGGCUAAUGUUAGGAUGAGUUUGCAGUGCACUGCUCAUGGUCCUCCUGAACCUGUCCGGGUCAUUUGGCUGCAGGAUGGGGCUCCUCUCAAUAAACUGAAUGACCCAAUAUCCCUCUCGCCUUCAACAUUCACAAUCUCAGGCCUAAAUAAAACCACCUCUUUCUCCUGUGAAGCUCACAAUCGUAAAGGGGUUGCAUCAUCUGGCACAGGAGUUGUGACAGUUCUUCCUGCCCAACCUCAUGACAUCAAAGUUGAAGAGAUCACUAAUUCAAGUAUCCAUCUAACUUGGAAGACAGGCUUUGGAGGAAUCUAUCCGAUCAGCCUCUGCACUGUUCAGGUUAAGUCUUCUGAUGAAGACUCAGAUGAAAUUAUCUAUGAUGUCAGCUCACCAAAGACCAGUCACCUGUUUUCAGAUCUACAACCCUUUAGCCAAUAUGAUUUUAGAGUGGCCUGCCAGAGCACUCAGGGUGACUCUGAUUGGACGGCAUGGGAAACCAUCAGAACCAAUGAAGGGGUUCCAGAUUCAGCUCCAGCGAAUGUGACAGCUGUGGUGAAUGGAACAGAGGUUCAAUUGAGAUGGUCUGAACCUUCUGGAAAAAUGAAUGGCCAACUGCAGGGUUACAAGAUGGAGUACAUCUCACCCAAUAUGGAACAGGUUGUCGUAGACAUGGGUUUGAACAAUGAACUGUUUGUAAAUCUCUCAGCCCCCCUAUCAAACAUUUCCUUCAGAUUAUGUGCAUACACGACCGUGGGGCAGGGACCCUGGACGCCCCUUCAAACCAUCACGCUCAUUCCCGCAGAAAUGCCACUUCACUCAAGAGAGCUCUCCAGUCCUACAGCAUUCUCCUGGCAUUGGUGGUAUGUGGUGAUGGCCAUUGCUGCCGCUAUUGCUCUAGCUGUGCUCCUGGCUGUGUAUGUGACAAAGCUAAGGCGGAAGGAGACGCGUUUUGGUGAGGCAUUUGAACCCAUGAUGGAAAGUGGUGAACUGGUUGUUCGAUAUCGAGCUCGUCGCACAUACAGCCGACGCACAACUGAAGCAACACUAAACACUCUGGGGAUCAGCGAUGAACUCAAACAAAAGCUUCAGGAUGUGAUGGUGGACAGACAUAAACUAAUGCUGGGAAAAACACUGGGAGAAGGUGAGUUUGGCUCUGUUAUGGAGGGAUUACUCACUCAGGAAGAUUCAGUGCUGAAAGUGGCUGUGAAGACCAUGAAAAUUGCUAUCUGUACUCGCACUGAAAUGGAGGACUUUCUGAGAGAGGCAGCGUGCAUGAAAGAAUUUGACCAUCAGAAUGUCAUGAGGCUUCUGGGUGUGUGUCUGCAGACAGUGGAGAGUGAAGGAUACCCAUCUCCUGUGGUAAUACUUCCCUACAUGAAGCAUGGAGAUCUGCACAGCUACCUGCUCUACUCUAGACUUGGCGACUCACCUGUGUUUCUGCCUUCUCAGAUGCUGGUGAAGUUUAUGACAGAUAUCGCCAGAGGUAUGGAGUACCUAAGUGGCAAAAACUUCAUUCACAGAGACCUGGCAGCUCGAAACUGCAUGUUAAAUGAGAACAUGAACGUCUGUGUAGCUGACUUUGGCCUGUCUAAGAAGAUCUACAAUGGAGAUUACUACAGGCAGGGACGAAUCUCUAAGAUGCCUGUCAAGUGGAUUGCCAUUGAGAGCCUGGCAGAUAGAGUGUACACCACCAAGAGUGACGUGUGGUCGUUUGGAGUGACAAUGUGGGAGAUAGCCACUCGUGGUCAGACGCCGUAUCCGGGAGUGGAAAAUAGUGAAAUCUAUGAUUAUCUGAGGCAGGGUAACCGACUCAAACAACCUCCAGACUGUCUAGACGGCAUAUAUUCCUUCAUGUUUUCUUGCUGGUUACUAAGCCCGAAGGACAGGCCGAGCUUUGAGAUCUUGCGCUGUGAGCUCGAAAAGGUCCUGGAAGAUCUGCCAAGCCAAGACCCAGAUGAGAUACUCUAUGUCAACAUGGAGGAGUCCUCUGGGGAGCUGGGAGCAGUGGGGGGGCGUGACCCCAUAACGGGGGUCCCAUGUGUACUGGGGGCCCUGAAGGGUUCAGGUUCAGUGGCCACUGUCGAAGUGCACCACCCUAAUCGAUAUGUGAUCUGCCCUCAGCAUGAAAACCAGCGUCUGCUCAACACAGACUCCGUGGAGAGUCUAAACCUGAUGGCUUCCACCCCCACCCCAGCACUCCAGCCCUCUUCCUGUUCCACUCCAGUGCCGCCCUCUGAAAAUCAGUUUCAAGAGGAGAGAGACAGCCCAAUGGUCAAGAAAGUGCCAUGGCAGUGACGGCCAGUGACGGCUGUGUCUUUAGUAAUAAACAUUCCAAACACUCCAGACAUUUAGUGUUUAAAUGAAUAGUUCGCCCAAAAAUGUUGUUCCCAUUUCAUAUACUGUUAUUUUAUUCUGUGGAACACAUACAAAAAACAUUUGUGAGAAAUGUUCAGGUAGGGUUCACAUAGCUUUUUUUCUACUUAAGAAUAAAGAUUAUAUUUUCAAACUGUUUAGACAGUUUGUAAAAGUUUUAUAUCAUGUGACGUAACCAGGCAUAAUGUGACUGGUUUCCACACCAAAAAAGUUAUUUGUCCAUUCACAGUGAGAACAAAAUGCAGUCACAUUAAUAGUACCUAAAAUUACACAGCUUGUUGAAGUUAGGCGAGCUAUUUUGUUAAGAAGGAAGAUAUUUGAUUUGAAAUUACAUUUUGAUUACAUUGUUUUUCAUUUGGGGAUGUAAAAAGACCAGAAUAUCUUAGAUGCUUAAGGGUGGUUACUUUUUAUUUAGGCCAGUCACCUGUUGUUGGCAUAGUUGUGCAUCAGAAACACUGUAGAACACCAUAGCAACUGCAUAGAAACAGCUGCGUAAAUGUAAAUGUAACCUCAGUUUUUCCUGCCACAUUUGGAGCUGGUUAGAAAAAAAAGCACAUAUGAUUCCGGCUAAUUUAAGUGUAGUACUUGUUGGCGUAUUGCGUCACACCUGGAUAGAUUAUUAGACACCUAUUCUAUUCCAGAAAAUGUCAGAUACUAGUUAAAACUAGAUCAAAUCAGGACAGUUAUAUAAAGCUCAAUUACAUCUUGUCUAAGAGUACACUGCUGAUAUUGAUCGUGCAGUAUAUCUAUGGUGAACAGUGAACUCAGGAGAUAAUUUCAUUUAUGUUGACAAAUGAAAGAUGGUCAGUAAGCAAACUGGCUAAUCACUUUCACUUUUUCACUUUCAAUCACUGCCAUUUUAUAGAAUGGGACAGGACUGGUCAAAGAUUAACAUGCUUUUUUUUGUGCAUUCCAUGGGGAGAUUUCAUCUCUUUCUGUUUAAGAUUAUGCCUCCCUCUGACCAGCAUCUUCUUCCAAAGAAACGUUAAAGGAGGAUGGCAGUUACAGUAUUUCAACAGCAGCCAAACAAAUCAAACCAGAUGCUAAAUGAUUAAAUCGUAUAAAUUCGUUGAGUUGUUGAUUUACAGACACAUUCUAGCUAACCUGCAGAUGUAUACAUACAUUUUUUUAACUCUGGCUUUCUGAAUCAACAUGGCUGAUACAUGUGUGAGUUUUUUUACACUGAUUUGAGACCAAUUUUGUGGUUAUUUUUAGGAUACAUACGUUUCAUGAAGUUACUUCUUAUUUUGGUUGACUUUGAAGAGUAGAAAAGGGCACCAGAAUAGAUUAUUCCACACAUACAGUACACCUGGCCUUUGUUUCUCAGAGGCCCUGCCCCAGACUCAAGCACAGUAUUAUAUAUUUGUUCUUGUUGUUUGUUUGUUUCUUGCAUUUUUGUAAAUGUGAUAUUUUGCACUAAUCAUGUUUUGUGUGUGCGCACGUGCGUGUUUAUUAUACAUUUGCUUAAUCUGGAAUUACAGAUUUUAAAAGGAUUAUUGGAAAUAUUACUCCAGCAAUAUAAUGUUUAAUAAUGUUCACAUUUAAAGAAACCAUUUUGAACAUGUUUUGAUCCAUCAAAUUACUCUUCAAAAAUAAUAUUUCUUUUUGUAAACAAUGAACGAAUGGUACUGUAUAGUAAUUAUGGCUAAAUGUGGUAGGAAUUAUUUUGACUUGGGUAGAUUAACUAAGGCAGUGGUUCUCAAACUUUUUCGUUGUAAAACCCCCUUUGUGUAGGGUGCAUCGCUUGGGGCCCCCUAAAUAAGGACUUGUAAUCUAAUCUUAAAUAGAAUUUUAAUUAAAUUAAAAAACAUAUUCAAUUAAAAAAUGCUUAAACAUAAAUUAAUUUGGUUUGUGGUCUUAUUUAUCAGAUGUAUAACUGCAUAAAAUGUUUGAUAAAUUUCUAUAUUUCAUAAAAUGCCACAAAAAAUGUGGUCCCCUGGAUCCAUAUUGGGGCCCCGUUUGAGAACCACUGAACUAAGGUACUCAUAUUACGAAUUCUCAGUAUUAAUUUGGUAAUACUUUGAACCACACACUAAAAUAAUGAUACUAUUAAUGUGCACCAGUAACGCUAAACAUUUUGCUGUCUGCAAGCCUUCAGAGUACAUGAAAGAAUGAAGUCCAAAAUUAACUCAACAGAUGUUGUGUCAUUCGACUAGUGUGUAUAUUUUGCACGCUUACAUUUUCCAAUCACUAGUCUUUUCAGUGUAAACUGGUGCAGGUCUUUGAUAUGGAUUUGAAGUACUUUCGUGUCUCUGCUGACCUCAGACACAAUUUCUGCAGGACACAAUGUUCUGAAAUCUCAGCUGCAUUUUUUUGUCUCAAUAGGUAUAGCGAUAAAAAUACAAAAAUGCUUUUAUUAACAUAUAAAUGCUCAUUUAUAGACACAAGCACACGGUAACGCUUUAGAUUACGCCCGCAAUGUACCGCAUAAUUAAACAGGAUUUACAGCGUAAGUAAUUGUAACAUUAAUGUACCUCUACAGUACAUGUCUGUAGAUAAAGGGGAACAAUAUGUAAAAUUUGGGGAAUAAAGGGGUAAGAGUUGGGAAAAUUAAAAAAAUAUUUAUGAGGGAACUGCAUGCCAUAUUAACUUAAAAUAUCAACAUUGAUUUUGUACGUUGCACAUUAAAACUCAUAAUAACUCAUAAUUAAAAGAAAUGAUUUGUGACCAACAAUCCUAAAAUCAAUCAAAUUCAAAUUAAUCCUAGUCAAAACUCAAAAGUCAAAUUUACAGAUGACAGACAGCAUGCUUCAUUCUUGAUGUUUUGCUUGCACAAAAACUGAACACAUAAUUUCCCUUAUUUCGUGUUUGAUAUAAUAAUAAAAUAAGAACCUCGUACUUAAUUAAUAUCCAAAGUAGCUUAUUUAUGGGUACAUUGCGAUUACAAAAAUGUAGUGUGUGUUCACGCUAAGAUUGAUGCAAACUGCAGGUCAUGCAUACCAUAUAUUAAAAUAGUUACCCCUAUUUAGUUUUAAAAUACUUAAAGUAUAAACGUUUUUUUGAAUUUCUGACUUCUUCCCCAAACUUUGCAUAUUGUUCCCCUUUACCUACAGAUAUGUACUGUAGACGUACAUUAUUGUUACAAUUAGUUACACUGUAAAUUCUGUUUAACUAUGCAGUACAUUGCGGGCCGUAAUCUAAAGCGUUACCAAGCACACUUUAAGGGGCCUUCAAAGCCAGCAUAUUGACUUAUAAUGGUGCACACGUUUAGCUUUAGUUGUAUAUGUCUAAUUUUGCCAGUGUGUGUCAGUAAUGUGAUUUUGAUAUACUUUUUGUAUUAAAUAAAAACUUCCUGUACAAAUAUUGUGUGUAUUAUUUAGGAUUGCACAACAAUUGACUAUUAAACUAAAAAGUAAAUCCAGUCAAUUACAUUUUUGUAUUUUGCAGAUGCUUUUAUCCAAGGUGAGUGCAUUCAAGGUCAAUUUUUUAUCAGUAUGUGAGAUGAAACCCACCACUUUUGUGCCGCUUUCUGAUUCCAAAGAUUUUAGUCGCCACCCUUGAACAUUUUAUCGGCAAUGGCCACCAGUAUGUACUGUAUAUUUUUAUUUGUGGUUCUUGAUGCAGACAAAAAUUGGAAACAACAAUUAUUUUUUUCUGUAAACAUUUUUGAAAAAUAAUCUUGUUUCAAUGUUUCAAAAUAAAGCCUAUUGCACAAAAUUAAAGCAUAAAAG